UCCAUACGCAAUGAUCUGUCUGCGCAGAUGUGAUGUGCGCAGACAGAUCGUUGUGUGUGGACGGGCCUUAAGAGUACCGGUACCAAUUACUUUGAUUUGCAGAACUACUUGGAAUGACCGUGCCACGCUUCUUCGUUCAUUUCGUACCGAGAUGCAGAAAGGAUACAGUCUGGCCUAAGAAAUUCUCCACGUGAUAAAGACAGCAGGAGUGGAUGCCUAUGUAAAAAUAGCACUACCUGCAAAAGGUUUUCUGCCAAUGACAACAGAAAAGAAAAGUGCACGAACAGCAUAUGAGGAAGAAACAUCUGCAGAUACACUCUACGAUGGAAAAAUGACAACUGUGCAAACAUGUAAAGCGUCACAGUCACCAGUGGCAUUAUCAGCAACAGCAGUGGAAAAAGAAGUAACAGUAGCAGUAACAGCAGAAGUUUCACCAGCAACAGUAACUACAGUGCCUCUAAAAUGAGAAAAGAGAAUUUGCAGCAGGAGAAGCAGCAUCAAGUGUUACGGGUAGAUGGAAAACAGCACCUCCUGUCCGUCUAAAUGAUUUUUUAGUGGAAGACAGCAAGAUGAAGAAGCCCACGAGAUAAGUAGUGUAACAAAUUUCAUAACAUCUCACCAAAACGUUCAAUCUAAAAUAAACAACAAUUAUGAUCUUAAAAUUUGCUAUCUCAGUGUUCAAGGACUAAUAGAUAAAGAAUUUAUUGUAAACAGUUUUGGACUAGAUAAAAAAAUUUGAUAUUUUCUGUCUGAGUGAACAUUGGGUUACUGAGAGUGUACUUCCAGUUGUCAAACUUGAUAACUAUAACGUAGCAGUUACCGUAGAAAAUUGCAUAUAAGAGGUGGUGUGGCAAUAUAUAUUAAUCAGUCAUUCAGCUGCUCCAUUGUUAAGUUGGACCUAUUUGAGGAACAGAACCUUGAAGCCACUGGUAUAGUUCUGGACAGUCUUAAGUUAGUAAUAGUAUCCCUUUACAGGUCACCUAAGGGUAUCAUCAAUGUAUUUCUGGAAAAAUUGGACAUGCUGUUAGAUGUUCUAAGAGGGACCAGAUGGUUGCAUUACGACAUGGUAAUUGGUGGAGAUCUGAAUGCAGAUUUUGAUAUAACAACACACAAACGUACUGUGACUGAGUUGAAAAUCCUUCUAAGACAGUGCAGUUUGCACUCAAUCAAUAACAGUCCCACAAGAGAUAAAGCAUGUCUUGACAAUAUUUUUGUCAACUUUAAAACUACAGAAGAAUCAUGUGAUGUUACAGUGUUUCCAUUUUCAGAUCAUGACUGUGCAUCGUUAAACUAUACAAGUAGGUUCUGUAUUGAUAAUAGUAAUAUUCCUAAGCUUGUCCCAAAAGUUAUAAUCACCAGAUCUGUCACAGAUGACAAAAUUGUUCAGCUCUGUAAGUCCCUUGCUGAGAGAGACUGGUUCAACCAAUGUCAUGGUGACACAAGUUAUAGUCUUAGUGCUGCUUUGUCAGGGAAACUAUUAUUUGAGAGAUUUUUUAAAACAUUUCUGACACAAUUUAAUGACAACAUCCCCAUAAAGAAAUGCAAAUUAACUGACAAAGGCUUUACAAACAGGGCUACAAACAGACAAAAUUCAUGGUUCACUAAACAAUUAUCAAAUAUGAAAAACCAAGUUAUGGUGUUGCACAAUAUAUGUAGCAUUCAGGAAACAGAACAUGCCAGAUUAGCCCAUAUAAAAUGCAGGAAUGAGUAUAAAAAAGCCAUUGUGGAAGCCAAAAAAGCACAUAAUUUCAAUACCAUUGAUAAUUCCACAAAUAAGUGCAAAGCUGCAUGGAAAUUAAUAAAUGGAGUUGCUAAAGAUGUAAGAAGCAAAAAAAUUAAUAAAAGUCCCCAAAAAUUCAAUGAUUUCUUUAUUAAAUCUGUUGAAGAUGUAGGAAAUACUAUAAUCAAACCUGACAUCAGUUCAUCAUAG